UUUUCCUUGGAGGUGCAAGCACGUCCCUUUGUAUCCACCCCCGUUCAAUUGAGAGCGCAGAACCCCCCAACGCAGCAAUGCGCCGAGCCUGCGUGUUGGUCGCCGUUUUUUGGCUCGGUGUCGUGACCGCAGGGAUCCCCCACGACGACAUACACUGGACAUACACGGAGGGAGCCUUGGACCAGAUGCACUGGGCGACCAAAUACCCAGCAUGCGGAGGUAGGAAACAGUCCCCGAUUGACAUCCAGAGGCGCAGUGUGAGACACAAUCCGGACAUCUUACAACUGGAGCUCAGUGGAUAUGAUGCUCAGAAAGGAACUUUUCUCAUGUCCAACAAUGGACACUCAGUCCAAAUCGACCUGCCGCCCACCAUGAAGAUCACCAAGGGCAUGCCGGGAAAAUACACGGCCGUUCAGAUGCAUCUGCACUGGGGCGGUUGGGACCUGGAGGCCAGCGGCGCAGAGCACACCAUCGACGGCAUCCGCUACAUGGCGGAGCUCCAUGUCGUCCAUUACAAUUCAGACAAGUACAAGAGCUUCACUGAGGCCAGAGACAAACCAGACGGGCUGGCGGUGCUCGCCUUUUUCUACGACGAUGGGCAUUUUGAGAACACCUACUACAGCGACUUCAUUUCCAACCUGGCCAAAAUCAAGUAUGCGGGUCAGUCCAUGAACAUUUCGAGCCUCGACGUCCGCGCCAUGCUCCCGGAGAACCUCAACCAUUUCUUCAGGUAUCAGGGCUCCCUCACCACUCCUCCUUGCUACGAGAGCAUUCUCUGGACGGUGUUCGAUACGCCCAUCACUCUUUCGCAUAACCAGAUCAGAAAGCUGGAGAGCACACUGAUGGACAUCGACAACAAAACCCUGUGGAACGACUACCGCAUCGCUCAGCCUCUCAAUGACCGAGUGGUGGAGUCGUCGUUCUUACCUCGACUUGGGAAAGGAUCGUUCUGUCGGCAAGACGAAAUAGAAUCCAAGCUGCUGAAAAUCGAAGGCCUGAUAACAUCUCUCGGCAAGAACGUGUACUCAGGUAGCGGACACGAUCCGCGGCCAAGCAAAUAUGAACCUCAAGCUUUGUUUCCUCUGGUGCUCAACUUCCAGCAGGAGCAUUUGGGUAGCUAUGCGAAGGCACACCUCGGCCAUCCGAUGGAUCUCGACUCUUUCACUGUCUGCAUGCACGUCUUGCCUGAAGUGGAGGGGGCGCACAACGUCAUCUCCUACUCCAGCAACGGCAUCCACAACGAACUGAUGGUCUCCGUCAGCGAGGACAGGGACGGCAAGGAGGUGGGCCUCUGGAUCGGCAACGAGUUCGUCAACUUGCCGUACAACGUCAAGUCCCAGAGCUGGGUCAACUACUGCAUCACGUGGUCGUCCCGCACUGGCAGUGUCGAGCUUUGGAUCAACGGCAUGGUGGGGGAGCGACGCUACCUAAAAAGCGGUUACACAAUUAUCCCUGGGGGCGUUUUCAUUCUGGGCAACGAUCAGGACGGCUUGCUGGGAAUCUCCAACACAGAUUCCUUUACAGGAAAGCUGACCGACGUGAACGUGUGGGACUACGUGCUGACCACAGCAAAUAUUCGGGACCAGAUGUCAUGUGAGGGGAGCAGCACAACGCGGGGAAACGUGUUCAGCUGGGGGACCACCAAACUUAGUCUGUAUGGGGGGGUGCAGCUAGACAGCCAGUACAGAUGCUCCUGAAAUAGCCUCAUGCUGCACAAACUGUUGUAAUCGCCUGCUAUUCGCGGGGGCGGCGACCGAGUCCUAUCGCGAAUAGUGAAAAACAGGCUGUCAUUAAUAAUAACGUUUUACAACAUAAAUUACAGUGAUGCCUUGAGAGACGAGUUGAAUCCGUUCCGAGACCCCAAAUCAUCUUUCCCCAUUGAAAUGAAUGGAAAUGCCAUUAAUCAAUUCCAACCUCCCCCCCCCCCCCAAGAAAAAACAAAAAAAUGUGUUCGAAUGGGAAAAAUAGCACUCAAUUAUAGUACAAAAUAUUGUACUUUAUAAAAUACAAAUACAAUUAAACCGUUUUUGUCACACCUUGUAUCCUUUGUAUCAAUUCAAUGGCCAUGGUGCUGCUCCUUUUUGUGUCCCUGCCUUGGCCACCUGGGGGCAGUAUAAGACAGACAGACAAAAUAUAGUUCAUUGCGAUGUAUAACUCCUCUCUCAUCUCAUCAGUAUGGCAUUAAUGUUGUUCUUUGCAGAGGAUAAGGGACAUGACUCAGUACUGUUAUUGUCUGUCUACGUGUUUUUGCACCGUUUGUGCUCAAAUAUCUGUUGCUUAAUACCGCAACAUAGAUGCUAUAUGUUAGCCUGUCAAAGGAGUUUUCCAUGAUCUGUUAGCAUUAAUUUAGCAGCCUAAUUCCGUUUUGUUUAGUUUGACAGUAAACAUCAACUGCUGAUUCUAUCUGACAAACUGCCACCAUACAGCGCUCAGAUCUCAAGUUGGCACUCGCAAGUCAAAACAAUAUUUUAAACUCCUCUCAUAUAUUACCCUAAAAAAAAUAAAUGGCGAAAAAUGCGAAUCGGUGGGUAAUUAGUGUAUACCAAUGGUCUUACAAUGCUUGAUUGCAAUAGAUUAAAUGAUAAAAUGUACAUCAGUACGAGGUGUGGCGAUACAAAGAAACAAGGCUGUGUCAGCCACGCUUGGUUCAGAAUGACAAAACCCUGAAAGCGAAGCACAGAGUGACAGACAUGAACAAGAUUGUCAAAUAAUAGAGGCGAGGCCUUACGCAAUACUGUUCCAUAAAAAGCGAGCCAUGGCUGCCAGUCUUGUUUCUUUAUUGUCGUACCUUGUAUUUAUCGUCAACUUAAAUUUCAUUCAUGUAUUAAUCAAGUUUGUAUUGGAAAUAAAGUGACUUCAAUGUCCAUUCA